AUGGAAGACAUUAUCCCAGACUUAGUAUAUGAUACGACACUGAGUCCACCUCCUUCAGACAAAGUUCCUGUGACAAUUCUGUCAGGAUACCUUGGUGCUGGGAAAACUACUCUUUUGAAUUAUAUUCUAACUUAUGCUCACAACAAAAGGAUUGCUGUUCUUUUAAACGAUUUUGGUGAAGGUUCAGCCGUAGAGUCUAGUGUUGCAUGGAGUGAAAAAGAUGGCAACCUCUUUGAAGAAUGGAUAGAAUUACGCAACGGUUGUUUAUGCUGUUCUUUGAAAGAUGCAAGCGUACGGGCGAUUGAGAAUUUAAUGAAGCGGAAAGGAAAAUUCGACUAUAUUCUAAUCGAGACAUCUGGGCUGGCUGAUCCAGGUCCUGUCGCAUCACUCUUCUGGUUAGAUGAAGAUUUAUGUAGUCAAAUUUGCCUCGAUGGAAUCGUAACAGUUUUGGAUUCCAAACACUGUUUGUCGUAUCUUACGAAAUCUGCUGAAGAUGGAAUGAGCGAAUAUGAAAGACAGGUACUUUUAGCUGAUGUACUAAUUCUCAACAAAACUGACUUAAUUUCUAAUUCAGAAAGAUUAGCAGUGAUUCAGCGUAUUAAUGAAAUCAAUACUUCUGCCAAACUCAUUGAAACUACCUAUUGCCAGGUGAAUUUGGAAGAAAUUCUUGAUCUUCAGAUUUAUUCUAACAGUCCCAAUCCGGAAGUUUUUGUCCCACCUCCUGAAUCAGUAUCAAUCCAUUUGAAUAGACGGAUAUCAACACUGACUUUGGAGUUUUCUCGUCCAUUCACUCGUAAACUGUUUGAAAAUGUUAUCGAGUCAAUGCUUUGGGAGCACAGUAUUUGUGACGAGGGUGGAACUCCAAUGAAUGUUCUACGCUUGAAGGGAUUUAUUCACUUCGUGGAUGAUGAUAGUACUUACAACCUACAGGGAUUGAAUGAAAUUUAUGAUCUUUCUCCAAUACCUCGUGAAAGAGUUGAACUACUAAGUCUCAAUGGAACAAGAUUGAUAUUUAUUGGUUACAAUCUAUGUUCAUCAAUUUUGAAAGAAUUACUCAUUAAUUGUACAGUGUGA